AUGACAUCCACAGGAGAUGUGUUGAAUAUCAGCUUUGGACAUGGUGGCCUUCCAACACUGCACGCGGGAUAUUGGUAUGCCAUCGUGCUUAAUGCUGAGCUCACGGGACUGGAGGCUUCAACUUCCUCAGCCUUGGGGUUUGUGCUGGCCUGUGGCCAAGAGGCCCUGGAAUCCUCUGCCUUGUCGCUGAAGGAGCCGGAUGGGUCGAACUUGCAGCUCCGCAGUGGUUCUGCUGCCACGCUGGACCGGAAUGAGGAGAUCGAGGGAAACACGGAGGGAAACACGGUGAAGCUUCCACAGUCAGAGGCAAUCAUGGAAGCCAUCAUUCGUUCUUCAAAGCCUUUGCCGAUAGGCCCUCCGGAGGACAAGGAAUUGUUUGACUGGAAGCGCCUUGACAGGAUCUUGUUGCAACUCUCUGAUCCCUUGGUGCCAUGGCAAAGGUCUCGCUGGCUUUUGCUUGUCGCUUUAGAGCUGAUCUUUGCUUGGCGGAUCUUUUCUCUUGAGCGUCACUACUUCGCGGCCUAUAUGUUGGCCAUCUACAUCCUGAACCAGGUUCUUCUGUUUUUGUCACCUUCGACGGAUGACGAUGAAUUUUCCCGACACACUAGCAGCGAGUAUCGGCCUUUUGUGCGUGCGCUCUCAGAGUUUCGGCUCUGGUGUCGAGGGACUGUGGCCACUCUGGCAGCCUUUCUCGUCACGUUUGUCGAUGACCUAGACAUGGAUGUUGAUGGCGGCGCAUUGUUGGUCUACUUUGUGCUGCUUUUCAUAUACACCAUGAAGCAGCAGAUCAUGCACAUGAUCCAAUAUGGCUAUGUGCCCUGGAAUAAGCCGAAGAAGCGGGUGCCAAAAGAGGAGCUUUGGAUGUGUAAGCUGAAGACUUCAGUGGAGAAAAACAUGUGUGCACACCAGUUUCAAGCUUUGCCGUGA